UCUCAUUCUCCAUCCAGACCUUUUUACGGACGUACAGGUGCAUUCCAGAGCGGUCCUCACUAGUUACCCCCUGACACAAAGUCAUACAACCCGCCUAUUUCUUCAAAUACUCUUAAAAUUUGAUUUUAAACCUAACCGUGAAUUUAGACCAAAAAUCGAUGUUGACUUUGUGGCUGUAGUAACUAGUGGAAACCAUCUGGAGCCGAAUCCCGUCACGUCGUUGUACAACUAGUUUAUUUUUCACACUUUGGAAACACUUUCCUAGCUCGGUUGUCUGUUCGGUGUCGAAACUAGAGGGAAUCCGGUGGUGAGGAGAGCACGAGGGUGACUGAACAACAGCUGACAUCAUGGCAACGGACUCCUGGGCCCAGGCUGUGGACGAACAAGAAGCCGCGGCGGAAUCGAUUGGUAGCCUGCAAAUCAAAGACAAGCUUGAGGAAAAUGGCACCGCAAGCACCGCAACAACAACCGCAGCAGCAGCAAGUGCAUCAACGCCUGCAAAGAUGGAAGGAGGCGAGGGAAACAAAACGGAGGAGGAAGACGACAAAGAUGACAAGGCGGCACAGUCGUUGUUGAAUAAGUUGAUACGCAGUAAUCUAGUGAACACAACCAAUCAAGUAGAGGUCCUUCAGCGGGAUCCUAACUCUCCACUCUACUCCGUAAAAUCAUUUGAGGAGCUGCGGCUUAAACCUCAGCUGCUUCAGGGAGUAUACGCCAUGGGCUUCAACCGCCCCUCCAAAAUCCAAGAGAACGCUUUACCCUUGAUGCUCGCAGAACCCCCGCAGAACCUGAUAGCCCAGUCACAGUCAGGGACAGGGAAGACGGCUGCUUUCGUCCUGGCCAUGCUAAGUCACGUCGACCCCAACAACAAGUUUCCUCAGUGUCUGUGUGUGUCUCCCACUUAUGAGCUGGCCCUACAGACAGGGAAGGUCAUUGAGCAGAUGGGGAAGUACUACUCAGAGGUCAAACUAGUCUACGGCAUCAGAGGAAACAAACUGCAGAGAGGUACGCAGCUCCAGGAGCAGGUAGUGAUUGGGACGCCAGGCACCAUGUUGGACUGGUGUCUGAAGUUUAAAUUCAUCGACCCCAAGAAGAUUAAAGUGUUUGUCCUGGAUGAGGCUGAUGUCAUGAUUGCUACACAGGGACACCAGGACCAGAGCAUACGCAUUCAAAGGAUGCUACCCAAACAGUGUCAGAUGCUCCUGUUCUCUGCCACGUUUGAGGAGACUGUGUGGAACUUUGCCCAGCGCAUCGUCCCAGACCCCAACAUCGUCAAGCUGAAACGGGAGGAAGAGACGCUGGACACCAUCAAGCAGUACUACGUCCUCUGUAACAGCAAAGAGGAGAAGUUCAUGGCCCUCUGCAACAUCUACGGGGCCAUCACCAUUGCUCAGGCCAUGAUCUUCUGUCAUACAAGGAAGACGGCGGGCUGGCUGGCAGGUGAGCUGUCCCGGGAGGGCCACCAGGUGGCGCUGCUCAGUGGGGAGAUGCAGGUGGAGCAGAGAGCUGCUGUCAUCGACCGCUUCAGAGAAGGAAAGGAGAAGGUCCUGGUCACCACCAACGUCUGCGCCAGAGGUAUUGAUGUGGAGCAGGUUUCCGUGGUGAUAAACUUCGACCUGCCGGUGGACAGAGAUGGUAACCCAGACAAUGAGACGUACCUGCACCGGAUUGGCCGCACAGGUCGUUUUGGGAAGAGGGGAUUGGCCAUCAACAUGGUGGACAGCAAGUUCAGCAUGAAUGUCCUCAACAAGAUCCAGGAUCACUUCAAUAAGAAAAUUGAGAAGCUGGACACAGAUGAUCUGGAUGAGAUUGAAAAAAUUGCAAGCUGAAGAGAGUGUGUACGUCUACAACUGCUACAGCCUCUUACCUUAAACACCAACUCCUUAGACUCCUCCUCUGCCCCCCCCCCCCCCCCCAACCCCACACUGACUGUACUCCUACAGUGUUUUAUAGUUUUAUUUUCAAGUUGAAGUAAAGCAAAGCCACAAACACAGCUAUAAUGUUUACAUGUGGUGGAAAUGUUUUAUAUCUCUGGUAUUUUUAAUAAGUCUCUGAAAUGUACCAGUUUCACUCUUUGUACUUCUACAAUGAAUAAAGUCUGUAAUAUUAGGGCAUAUUGUCUAAGUCUGCAUUGUAAUGCCAUGGUACAAUGGUAGGCUUAGAGCACAAUGGAUUGAGCUUAGCUUUUUUUAAAUUAUGCAAAUGAAAUGUUACUUGUAGUACCGGUGUCUUCCCAGUUCAUGCAUUACUUUUGGUGGAGUGGAAACAGGUGCUAUCAUUUUAGAGAUUUUUGUAUAAAGGCCCAGUGCAGUCAUGUGAUAUUCCUGUGUUUUAUAAUAUUUCCACCCCGAGGUUGGAAUAAUACUGUAAAAUUGUGAAAAUGAUAAUACAUUUUUAGUGUAAGAGCCUUUUGGAAAGACUACAUGAAAUUUCAGCCUGUUUUUGUGGGAUGUAGUUUCCACCAUACGGCGAAUUAGUUAAUAGACCGAUUUUAAAGAGUUCCAGACCUCUCUGUUAAUAACAUCUAAUUUACAGUUUCCCCUCCCCAACCCAGAACAGGGUUUCUCAAACCCUGUCCCCAGGUGCACUUUUAGUGUUUUGCCCAAGCAAUACACAGCUGAUUCAAAUAAUCAAAGCUUGAUGAUGAUGAGUUGGUUAUUUGAAUCAGCUCUGUAUUGCUUGGGCAAAAACCAAAAUGUGCACCCAUCACAGUAAGUUACUUAAUUGUUUUCCAGAAGGGAUUUGAUAUUAGGGUAAAAUGGCUGCAGUGGACCUUUAACCCAGUCCCCAAUCACCAAUAUGAAUGACAUCUCCAGGGAAGCAUGGUGCAUAAUCAGGAAAAUUCGCUGAAUGCUUUGCAAUGAAAACAAAAAUGCUGAUAAGUAGCACAAAGACUGAAAUAAUGUGGUGUUUUGAGAGGUUUUACAAAGCUACUUUAGUGAUUGUUGGGUUCAGGAGUAUAUGCAAACUUGUAUCAACCUUUCAUUGUGCCUCUAGUACAGUAAAGUGUUGAAAUCACAA